UUUUGCUCUGUGAAUUGUUGUCCACAAAAGCUGCCUCUCCCUUUCGCUUUCUUUCACCAAUUCAACAAUACCCAUUUCUCUUUUCUUCUCUAUUUCCCUUCUUUGGCUUCUUCAUUUCAACCCCUCUUCCAUAUCUGUGAAGGGGUAUUUGCCUCCUUCAUUUCUGUUAUUCUUUCUUUCUUUUUUAUUGUUUUUUCUUACGAUUCUGCAUAUGGGUUGAUUUUCUCUAGCCUUCUUUAUCGCCAAAUUCGCAGAAUUUGGUCGAAGAUACUCAAAUUUUACAGUUCUUAGCUCCUAGAUUUGUGGGGGUGGCUGCUGGCUGGAACAGUAUUUGCAAGUCCAGUUUUUUUAUUUUUCAGUACCAUAAUAUUUUAUUAAACGUUUGAGUUCCUUGGUUAACCUUUUUUUAUAUAAAAGAAACAAAAGAAGGGCUGAGAGAUUAUUGGUUGUUUGUUUGUUUUUUUUUGUUUUUGUUUUAGUUGAUUUCAUGGUGGUUUCGUUGAACUGGUAACUUACUGAUUUUCUUCUUCUUGUCAUCUUCAUCAAGGUUUUUUGACCAAUUGCUUGGUUUGGUUUUUAUUGUCUUCCAUGCCUCUGUAAAAGUUCCCCAGUGUUUUCAAAAUUUGCUUUGUUAUCUUUUAUACUCUCUACUUUCAAUCCAUCUAUCUAUCUAUCAAUAAAGCUUUAUUAAAACAUGGAUUUAGCGAAUGGGGGCGAGGCCGGCAAGGCUCUGGUGGCUAAUCAAGUAGCUGAUAUUGUUUCUGGUAAAUCUAGAAAUACCCAAGAGAAUGAUUUGGGUUCAAAGUUGGGGACAGGAAGCAAAAGCAAUAGGGAUAUGGUGUUUCGUGCUGAUAAGAUUGAUUUCAAGAGUUGGGAUAUUCAGCUGGAGAAGCACUUGAGCAGGGCUUGGUCAAGGGACAGGGAAGUGCCUGCUAAAAAGGAAGAAUGGGAGAUUGACUUGUCUAAACUUGAUAUCAGAUAUGUUAAAGCUCAUGGAACUUACGGUACUAUUUACAGAGGAAACUAUGACGGCAACGAUGUUGCAGUGAAAGUGCUUGAUUGGGGGGAGGAUGGUGUUUCCUCAGUCGCUGAAAUUGCUGCUCUUCGAACAUCUUUUCGCCAGGAAGUUGCUGUAUGGCAUAAGCUUGACCAUCCCAAUGUUGCAAAGUUUUAUGGAGCAUCAAUGGGGACGUCAAACCUUAAAAUCCCUCCCAAAAGCUCAUCAUUCGACAGUAACCAAACUUUUCCUUCAAGGGCUUGCUGCGUUGUUGUUGAGUAUCUUCCAGGUGGAACCCUAAAAAGCUUUUUAAUCAAAAAUAGGAAAAGGAAACUUGCAUUUAAGGUUGUGAUUCAACUUGCAUUGGAUCUUUCUAGAGGUUUGAGUUAUCUACACUCCAAAAAGAUUGUACACCGUGAUAUUAAAACAGAGAAUGUUCUGCUAGAUGCUCAGAAGACUCUGAAAAUUGUUGACUUUGGCGUUGCUCGAGUCGAAGCACAGAACCCAAAGGAUAUGACUGGAGAGACUGGCACCCUUGGUUACAUGGCCCCCGAGGUCCUUGAUGGUAAGCCUUAUAAUCGGAAAUGUGAUGUUUACAGUCUUGGUAUAUGUUUGUGGGAAACAUAUUGCUGCGAUAUGCCUUACCCAGAUCUCAGUUUUGCUGAAGUGUCUACUGCAGUUGUGCGGCAGAAUUUACGACCAGAUAUCCCUAGGUGCUGCCCAAGUUCGUUUGCAAAUAUCAUGAAAAGAUGUUGGGACGCAAAUCCAGAAAAGCGACCCGACAUGGAUGAGGUCGUAAAACUGUUGGAAGCCAUUGAUACAAGUAAAGGGGGUGGCAUGAUUACUGAAGAUCAGAUUAGCUGUUUCUGUUUCCGCCCGGCUCGUGGUCCAUAAAUUUCGACAUCUUUGCUACACCAUUUACUUGCAGUUGAAGAUGGUUCAGAGAAGUCAUUGGGAUGAUCCAUCAUAAUACUCAUUGGUUCAUACAAUACAUUUCUCAAGGUCAUGGCUUUGGGUUUCAUAGUAUGAACUUUUGAUGCCAAAUAGAAAUUUAGAAUAAUCAUAUGUCAAACCAUUCGUUGGUGUAAUUAUGUUUUAUUGCAUAGUUUUGCAUUCUUAUGAAUGUUUAGUUACAAGGAACAGCUGAUUGGCACACACACACAUAUAUAUAUAUAUAUUUUUGGGCUCAAACUGAUUUGGCAUUCUCAUA